GGAGGGUUUAAGUCUCAAUUCCCACUCGCUUCCUAAAUUGCAAGCAGGCUGCUGCUCAGACGGAAAGACGGUUCUUCGUUGUUUUUUUUGAGGAGCUAAAAGCUUGAAAACGGUGCAGAACUGAGCAUGAUGUGGGCACGAGUUGAGGGCGGUGCAGCGGCAGAGUCGGACGGAGAGGGGGGGUCAUCAUCCGAAGAUGAGGGAGACAUUCAGUUUGAGAUCCUGGAAAUUCAGAGGGAUGAAGCCAACCAGAGACUCUCUGAACUAGAGGACGCCUCAGCUCAGCUCUUGAAGGAGAUAAAUGUUCUGGAGAUGCAGUUCCAGAUUGAGCGCUCCUGCAGGGAGAGUGCCGAGGCGUUUGCUGUCAAAGUGACCAAGGAGAACAAGGUGCUGAAGAGGACGAGCCAGAUGAUGAUGAUGCCGCUUAUCCCCGAGCUGCCUGAAAACUCGGCCGCCGCGACCUUUGACCCGCAGACCGACCCUGCGGGGAACAGAGAUGAGGUUGACGAUGUUGGAGGAGAGAUGCUGCUGCUGGACAACCAGGCUCAGAUCGCAGAGCUGCAGGCAUCAGUGGACGCUCUGUUAGCUGAGAAGAUGCUGCUGGAGCAACAAGUGGAGGAUCUGACCAAAGAGCAGGUCCAACUGAGGGAGCAGCUCGCCCUGGAGGUCGAGGAGAAAGACGCCUUACUGAGGAAAAUUAGCAAACAGAACAAGACCAUGAAUAAAAUCAAACGUGUCUCCCAGCUCGUCACAGAAGAGUUCUCUGAAAUGUCUCAGAAGCUGGAGCUGGAGCAGGACCUCCGGCAGCACGUCGAAGUCUUCGCCCACCAGGUGUUGGCGCAGCAGAAGGCAGGGACGCCGCCGGGGGGGUCGGACCCCGGCCUGCCGCUGCUGCUGCAGCAGCAGCUGCAGCAGGCGCUGGAGCAGAUCUCCGAGGUCGGCGCGGCCCUGUGCGAUAUACGGCGCCACUACCAGGACCGGGUGAGUCCAGGGAGCCAGAGCGCCGCCGCCGAGGCCGCCGUCCUCUCUGACCUGAGGGGGCGGCUGGAGCGCAGCGAGGAGGACAAGGCGGCCUUGGAGACGCAGCUGUCUGGAGCCAACGGCCGUGUCACGCAGCUCCAGGAGGACGUGAAGCGCCUGCAAGAUUCAUUGAGCAGGAGGAAGAACCUGAGGGGGAAGCACACUGCUCUCUCUCUCUCUCUCUCUCUCCCCACGCGUCAAAAAUGUGACCCCCCCCCCCCCCCACCCUUUGUCUUUGUGAAAAGUCCCCUUGAUUUCCUGAGAAGCAGGAGAAAAGAGAGCGCCACAAAAUCUGAUCAAAACAAAGAAACACCGUUGUUGGACAUGAAGGCCAAAGCGGUGGAUGAGAUGAUGGAGAGAAUAAAGAGAGGCAUCGUCUUGAGGCCCACGAAGAUCACACAGGAUGACGACAGCUCAUGGAAGGACAAGAGAAAUGAAAACCGGAAAUCUGCCAUCCUGGAGUUGAAAGGAGUGCUGGACACCGUGAAGCGCCAGCAGGUCCACAGGGUGCCGUCCAGGCGAGCACUCGACCGGAACGUCCGGGAAGCCGAGCUCCUGCAGGUGCUCCAGAGGAGGAGGAGAGCGAUGGGGGAGGUCCAGGACCAAAAUCUGGACCCCGCUCCGGGUCCCCGGUGUGUCCCGGCAGCAGGAGCUGCUCCCUGGGCGGGCGAGAGCGGCACUGCCCCGGUGCUGCGGAGGCUGAAACAGAACAGAGAGAAGAGAGACUCUCGCAUCCGGAUGUCAGCUCUGAUCGACAGCCAGGAAAAUUGAGCUCAUUCCUUCUUUUUUUUGGGGGGGGGGCCUCAAAGGAACCAAUUAUAUCCCUGCAGAUGUUUUGAAUGAAUACAUGAACGCGUUGCCUUUGUUUGAAUUCACAAUGUAAUGUCAGCUGAUAUUGGCCUUUAAUGAAAAGUUCCAAUAAAGCCUUGAGUUGUGGUGAAUACAAUA